CCUGGCUGGGCUCCUCAAUCCACGUCCUUUGUUGGGUCUUGCUGAGGAUCAGGUUCUGCCAAUCACCCUAGGAUGUCCUUUAUCGAGCAGCAGUGCAAGCAGCCAUGCGUGCCUCCUCCAUGUCUUCAAAAGACCCAAGAGCAGUGCCAGGCAAAGGCUGAGGAGGUGUGCCUCCUCCCAUGCCAGGACCCCUGCCUAGAGAAAUGCCAGGUGCAAACUCAAGAGGUGCAUCUUCCUCAGUGCCAGGAGUUAAACCAAGAAAACUGCCCACAGCAGGGCCAAGACCCAUGCCUCCCUCCAUGCCAAGACCAAAGCCCGUCUCAGUGUGUGGAGCCAUGCCAGGAGCCAUGUCAGACAAAAUGUGUGGAGGUUUACCCACAGAAAGUCCAGGAGAAGUGCCUACCCCCUGGCAAGGGAAAGUAGCCAUUCAUAACGCCAUUUGGGGUCAAGAAAAUGAUCCCAGUGCAAUCCCAGCCCAUGCUAUGGUGACCUUCCCCUAUGGGUACCUCUGUGUGCACCCUGUUCUUGCCUCCUGGCUUCCUCAGGACUUGGUCUGUGUCUCUGAAGACAGAUCUCUCUGUAUUUCAUCAGCCUCUGUGAAUAAGCAUUGUUCUCAGCAAUCUAGCAGAAGAUCGCAACUGUAGGAAUGAUGCGCUUCUCAGGGGAGACCAAAGAAGACUAGUUGAGCUCCCUUGGGGCAAAAAUUCACCCGACCCUGGAUGUGACAGCCAAGGAUGCCUCCACUCAUCUUUUAGAGUGUCAACCUCUCACCUGAGCCUCAAAACGAACUGAAUUUUGAUGGACUUUGCACUGAUCACCACCGCCACCCACCACCCACCACCAUGGGCGUGGAGAAGAGGUUAGCAGUGCUGCAAAAAUCAAAAACUGGGUAAUUUUGUCUCAGCUUCCCCCAAAAAAGAACAGAAAAUGGUUAGGUGUUGAAAUGUUGGUUGUGCUUUUAAAAAUGAAACAAAAUGAAAUGUAAAUGAUAGAAUCCAAAAAGCCAACAAGGAAAGACAAGAUGAGAUGUCUGGAGUCCUGGUGGUUGAUCUUUGAAUUUCAUUGCUUUAGACCCUUAAUUUCUGCCAUGUACUGUACAUUCUUGAGACGUGAAUUGUGACCGUGUGGGGCAGGCUGGUCUGUUCUCCAGCUUCUUUGCUGCCUUCUCCUUGGUGAAGGUAAAAUGUAGAAUAAAGCUGAUCCUAAAACUGG